AUGAAGGAUUGGCAUGGGGUAUUCGCCCAAAAUGUGCUCGUCCCGCCCCAUCCCCAGAGGGUGCGCCAGCUUCCGAAGGAAUCCACAGCGUUCCAGUGUGUCCUCAAGUGGCUGGACGGUCCACUCAUCAAGCAGAGUGUGCAGGAAGUGCUGUCAGAAAUCGAAUGCCACCUGCGGGUGUCUCUUUUGGAUGUCACCUACCGACACUUUUUUGGGAAGACGUGGAAAACCACAGUGAGACCAACCAAGCAGCUCUCCAGGCAGCCACCCAGGAUCAUCUUCAACGAGCCCUUGUAUUUUCACACGUCCUUAAACCACCCUAAUAUCGUGGCGGUGGUAGAAGUGGUCACAGAAGGCCAGAAACGAGAUGGGACCCUCCAAAGGUUGUCCUGCGGGUUUGGAAUUCUUCGGAUCUUUAGCAACAAGCCCGAAUCUCCUGCCUCUGCUUCCCAGGACAAACGGUUGAGGUUGUAUCACGGCACCCCUAGAGCCCUCCUGCACCCGCUGCUCCAGGACCCCAUAGAACAGAACAAGCACCUGACCCUCCUGGAGAGCUGCAGCCUGCAGUACACCUUGAGGCCACACCCGGCCCUGGAGCCCGCACUCCACCUCCUCCCCGAGAACCUCCUAGUGUCCGGCUUGCAGAACAUCCCAGGCCUGCUGCCAGCGCAUGGAGAAGUGGGUGAUGCCCUUCGCAAACCUCGCCUUCAGAAGUCUGUCACCUGGUACUUGGAUGAUUUGUUCUUCAACCUGUACCCUUCCCUGGAGAAAUUUGAGGAAGAGCUUCUGGAACACCUCACUAGUGAUCGCUUCCAGGAGGGCAGCGGUCCUGGGGACAGCAGCCUGGAGAUUCAGGAGCGGCGCCUGUGUGUGGGUGUGCACAAUGGGCUGACCUUCGUGCAGAGGCCCCAGGUUGUUGUCCUGGUACCUGAGAUGGAGGUGGCCCUGACCCGCUCGGCCAGCUUCAGCCGCAAAGUUAGCUCUUCCUCCAAGAGCAGCUCUGGAAACCAAGCUCUGGUUUUGAGGAGCCGCCUUCGACUCCCUGAGAUGGUCAGCCACCCUGCGUUUGUGAUUGUCUUCCAACUGGAGUACGUGUUUAAUGCCUCCGCAGGACUGGACGGCAAAGCAGCAUCUGUCACUUCGCUGUCCAACUUGGCAGGAAUGCACAUGGUUCGCUGGGCCGUCUGGAGCCCCAGGCUGGACGCCACCUCUGGGCGGGUGACCUUAGCCCUGCAGGGCGGGACCCUUCCCGGCCCCUCACACUGUCUGGUCUACAAGGUGCCCUCAGCCAGCAUGAGCUCAGAAGAGGUGAAGCAGGUGGAGUCGGGGACAGUGCAGUUCCAGUACUCACUCAGCCCAGAAGAACACUUGGACACAUCUCCCGAGCAGGCUGUCAGUACCAAGGCAGAGCGACGGCAGCCCUCCAAGAAGCCACCCACGUCCCCUUCAAGCCCGCCAGCACCACCAGCCUCCAGGCUCGCUGCCACCCAGGACUCACCCGUGGGACCAGGAUUGUCCAUCUCCCAGUUGGUAGCGUCCCCGCAGUCCCUGGGCCAGUGCCGGCUACCUAGACCCUCACCAUUGCAGGGUGAUGGCUCACCACCAGGCCCAACACAGGCGGAGGUCCCCUUUGAGGGCAGCAUCUCUCACCUGGAAGCUAACCUGAGCAAGACUUCUGUGGUCCUGGACACGUGUGUGGCUGAGCAAUUGCAGGAACUGCCUUUCAUGCCCUUGCAUGCCCCGAUCAUUGUUGGGGCUCAGACCAAAAGCUCUGGAAAUGCGCUAUCUCGGGCCUCGAUGGUGCUCCUGCAGGCGUCUGGCUUUCCAGAGAUCCUGGAUGCCAAUCAGCAGCCAGCGGAGGCUGUGAGUCCCACAGAUCCCGUGAGAUUCAGCCCUCAAAAGGAAGAGGCAGACUGUUUACAGAGCAAUGAAAUUGUGCUGCAGUUUCUGGCCUUCAGCAGAGUAUCUCAAGACCACAGGAGCACGCCGUGGCCAAAGACUGUGUAUUUCACCUUCCAGUUCUACCGCUUCCCACCUGCCACCACGCCCCGGCUGCAGCUGGUCAAGCUGGAUGAGGUUGGGAAAAGCACCUCAGGCCCCUUGUCCCACAUCCUUGUGGCGAUGAACAAAGACGGCUCCUUUGAUGCUGGAUCUCCUGGCUUCCAGCUCAGGUACAUGGUGGACCCCGGGUUCCUGAAACCUGGGGAGCAGCGCUGGUUCCUCCGGUACCUGGCCAUGCAGACCCUGCAGAUUGAUGUUUGGGAUGGCGAUGCUCUGCUGCUCAUCGGCUCAACCGCUGUCCAGAUGAAGCAUCUCCUCCGCCAAGGGCGGCCUGCUGUCCAAGUCUCACAUGAACUUGAGGUGGUGGCAACAGAAUAUGAACAAGAUGUGGUUGUAGUCAGUGGAGACAUGACCCGAUUUGGCAGCGUCAAGCCCAUUGGUGUCCACACGGUGGUGAAGGGCCGGCUGCAUUUGACCUUGGCCAAUGUGGGUCAUGCAUGUGAGCCAGGUGUGAAACAUUCCCGCUCGUUACCACCAUCCAGAUCGAGGGUCAUCUCUAACGAUGGGACCGGAGGCUUCCCAGGAGGCAGUCUUCUCUCGAGGGCUUCCCCAAGACGAAGCCGUGUGGUCCAGGCCCAGAAGCUGGCCGACGUGGACAGUGAGCUGGCUGCCAUGCUGUUCACCCAUAUGCAGCUGGGGAGCCGGAACCCCCACAGUGCAGGCCGAGAGUCAGAUGCUGUCCGCAGGCGUAAGCUAGAGCGGAUGCGGUCGGUGCGUCUGCAGGAGUCUGAAGGGGAGCUUGACGGCCGGAGGAGCAGUGUGCUGGCCCAGCAGAGUGUCCGUGCACAACACUUAAGGGACCUGCGGGUCAUCGAGGCCUACCGUGAGCGCAGGAAGGCCGAGGGCAUUGCCGGCCUGCUGAGCCUGGCCAUCACCACCCAGCACACACUCUACGCCACCCUGGGCACUGCCGAGUUCUUUGAGUUUGUCCUGAAGAACCCUCACAACACACAGCACACAGUGACCAUUGAGAUCGACAGCCCAGAGCUCAGCAUCAUCCUGGACAGCAGGGAGUGGCGGCACUACAAAGACGCCACCGGCCUGCUCACUCCUGUGGAGGAGGACAUGUUCCAUCUGCGUGGCGGAGGCCUGGCCCCACAGCUCUACCUGCGCCCCAAGGAGACUGCCCACAUCCCCUUCAAGUACCAGACUUUCUCUCUUGGUCAGCCAGCCGCGAUGCAGGUGGGCCAGUGUGGAAGCCUCUUUGGCACUGUGAAGGCAUUUGUAGGCCUGCAUUACCAUGUGGUGCAGAAUCAGUACUAUCUGUGUGGGCUUGACACCUCCCAGCAGGAAGAUGUGGUCCUGAAUGACCUUCCCAAAGGGCACGUGGUCACCUUCCGGGCAAACAGCGGCAAGCCCCUGGCCAUGCUCUGCCUGGCCGUGGAGCCCCAGCCCCAUGUGGUGGACCAGGUCUUCCGCUUCUAUCACCCGGAGCUCACCUUCCUGAAGAAGUCCAUCCGCCUGCCCCCAUGGCACACGCUUCCAGGUGGCCCUGUGGGAGCACCCGGCGAGGACCCCUCAAUCCAUGUUCGAUGUAGUGACCCCAACGUCAUCUGUGAAACCCAGAAUGUGGGCCCGGGGGAGCCCCGAGAUGUGUUCCUGAAGGUGGCCAGUGGUCCGAGCCCUGAGACAAAAGACUUCUUUGUUUCCAUCUACUCGGAUCGCUGGCUGGCGGCGCCCUUCCAGAUCUGGCAGGUCUACCUUCACUCCCUGCAGCGUGUGGAUGUCUCCUGUGUCACAGGCCAGCUGACCCGUCUGUCCCUGGUCCUUCGAGGGACACAGACAGUUAGGAAAGUGAAAGCGUUCACCUCACACCCCCAGGAGCUGAAGACAGACCCCAAAGGUGUCUUCGUGCUGCCCCCUCACGGCGUGCAGGACCUGCAUGUGGGUGUGCGGCCCCGUCGGGCCGGCAGCCGGUUCAUCCACCUCAACCUCAUUGACGUGGACUUCCACCAGCUGGUGGCCUCCUGGCUCAUAUGUCUCUCGUGCCGCCAGCCUCUCAUUUCCAAGGCCUUUGAGAUCACCAUGACAGCGGGCCAAGGGAAAGGAGCCAACAAGCGGAUCACUUACACCAAUCCCUACCCCUCCCGGAGGGUGUAUCACCUGCUCAGCAACCACCCUGACCUGCUGCAGUUCAAGGAGGACUCCUUCCAGGUUGGAGGAGGGGAAACCUAUACAAUCGGCCUACGAUUCGCCCCUAGUCAGAAGCCUGGGGAGGAGGAGAUUCUGAUCUACAUCAACGACCAUGAAGACAAAAAUGAAGAGACUUUUUGUGUGAAGGUCAUCUACCAGUAA